UGAAAAAGAGAGUGCGCAGUCCGUAGCCAUCCAUUCGGCGUGAACAGACCGAAAGGAAGGAUACCCUUCUUACCAACCUAUUAUUUAGUUGUUAGACACUGCUGAGCGCUUUACCAAUCUGGGCGCCUUGAACACAACUGCUGAGGACAAUCAUGGCAAGAUUGGAACUGGUUCUACUCGCUCUAAUAGUGAUCGGAAUUGCUUCAGCGCCAGUUCGAGGUGCCGUUUUGCGUCCUAUGCGCAGUGUCAUUCCCGAUACACAAGCGCCUGCAGCCAAUGGUACUUGUAUGGAGUCCUGGCUUCGGCUUCACGAUUCCACAUUGACCUUCUCUGAUGCUCAAGUGAAGGCAGAAGUUCUCGCCAGCUAUGCUACUCCGAUCGAUGAAGUGAAUGCGCACAGGCAGAGACCGGUCCUCUAUUCUUUCGUCUUCGGCGGAGCAUCGAAGUCUGAGAACUUUAUUCGCUGUAUUGGUCGCCUGCAGGAAAGAUGUCGUAGUGAAGCACCCUGUGGGGAUCACGGACAAUGCGUGUAUGGAACCGUUGGCAACACGGGUUAUAGGGAGUAUAUGUGCAAAUGCACGCCUGGUUACACUGGCAGGUUUUGCGAGCGAGAGGUUCUAACCUGCGCAAGGAGACCUUGCCGUAAUGGCGGCCGGUGUUUGGAGCAACCUUCCGGAACAUAUCGCUGCUCUUGCCCAGCCCUGUGGGGCGGACAGCAUUGCACCGAACAUCUAUGGGUGUCUAAGACCGAUCACAUGUCCUUGGUUGGUAGUGUGAUGGGCCUUGAAAAUGACAUCACUGCAAUCCAGACGGCGAUAAAAAUGAAAGCCGACAAGGACUGGCAAAGGACAGAGAUAUUCCUUAAAGGCAUGGAGCGCCGCCUUGCGAAGAAAAUCGACCAGCGGCUGGACGCCAUCGCCCUGAAUGUUUCAUUAACUGGAGAGAAGAUCAAGGCUUUGGCUGCAGGACUGGGUGGGAAUCCUGCACAACCAGAAUCUAGCCAGUGUCUACCGCAGAGCGCAGAUGAAAGCAGGUCACGGAUCGUCACGCACACCAUUGGCAAUACGUCGUUCCAAGCCCUCUGCAACAUGUCGAUCGAUGGCGGAGGAUGGACAGUGAUCAUUAGAUCUUUCGGACGGCACGCCACCUUCUGGAACCGCGACUGGGCUGCGUACAAGGCCGGCUUUGGCUAUCCUGGGGAUGAAUUCUGGCUGGGCAACGACAAUAUGCAUGUUCUGACCCAUAGCCAGCAGUAUGAAGUGCGCAUAGAUCUCGCCACACGAAACGCUAAACACUUCAUCAAGUACAGGUGGAUGAGACUUGCGGAUGAGAACGGCAAGUAUCAACUCUCCAUCAGCCGGCCAGUGGAGUUCUCGUUCCCGGUUCCCGCCGGACAAGGCCUGGACCAUCAUACUGUGCCAUUCUCCACCCGGGACCGGGAUAACGAUGUGUCUGGAGACAACUGCGCGGCGCGCUACAAGGCAGCAUGGUGGUACGUCAAUUGCUACUACGUGUUGCCACACGCCGAAUGGGACACGCGAUUUUCACCGAGCGUCACGGGGUUGACCUUUUUCGAAAUGAAAGUCAGGCCUAUCAUAACCUAAUUUCCCCAUAUAUGCGCAUAAUUCUUUCUUUGGAGCUCAUUCGAUGCUCUGAACUCUAUGCAGUUGCACGAAUCAUAUCAUUACAUAAUUCAGGAUCAUUGUGAUCCGCGUAAUCGUCUCAUGACAUUAUUAACUGAGUUUAAUAGCCUGCCCGAUUACUUGCAAAAGUGCUCGAUUUGUCAGGUCCGAAUAUUGGCCAAAUUGCAAUGAAACUCGGGGUAACGGCAAGUACCUCAGUCAAUUGCUAACAUGCGUAACUAGUUCAAGAUUUUGCCUUUUUCUCCCCUUGGUAUUUCAAGUGUAUCGAGUACAACUAAGACUUCAUAAAAUUCUCUUACACAUGUGCAAGUACAGACCUUUGAAGCAACCCUUAGACCCAAACUCCCAUUUUACAUUUUCACGUUUUGUUGUCAAAACAAAGUUCAAUCCCAGAGGA